AAAUUCCAUUCCGUUACAUGUUUUUAAAUCGGAAAAGUGGCGAGACGAAAAGAAGCAGCAAGUGCGGAACAAGAAGAAUAGAAUGGCAUCAGCAGCACUGCAAAGAUCUCCAACUGCUGCCACAACAUCUCCAUCCUCUUCUUCAUCUCCACUCCAACGCCUGUCCACCUUCAAAAAUCCUUCAUCCUCUUUACCACCCACCUCAACUGCUAUUCCAUCAUCUCCCUUAGACUCUUUAUCCAAAGACCCAGUUCUCUCCCCUUUCCUCUCCCCUUCCUUCUCCUCCACCUCCUUCUCCUCCGCCGCCCUCUCCUCCGGCUCUCCUGCCUCCACCGCCGAACACCUCCACCAUGCCAUCCGUCUCCUCGAAUCCCAACUUCGCACCGAAGUCCUCUCCCGCCAUACUGAUCUCCUCAACCAAUUAUCUUCUCUUAAACAUGCCGAACACGCCCUCUCCACCGUCCGAUCCGCCGUCUCAUCUCUUCAAUCAUCUGUGCGUCGCGUGCGAUCUGAACUCUCUGACCCUCAUAGAUCCAUCCAAUCAAAAACCCAACAACUCUCUAAUCUACAUUCUACUGCGGAGCUUUUGCAACACACCAUCCGUGCUCUUCGACUCUGUAAAAAGCUCCGUGAUUUGAUCUCUGCUUCGGAAUUAGAGCCUGAGAAGUUGGAUCUUGCUAAGGCAGCGCAGCUUCAUUGUGAGAUCUUGAAUAUGUGUGAUGAGUAUGAUUUGAUGGGAAUUGAUUGUGUAGAUGAGGAGUUGAAUUGGAUUAAAGAAAUUGGGGAAAAAUUGCGAAGUGAAGCUAUGAAAGUUCUUGAGAGAGGAAUGGAUGGAUUGAAUCAAGCUGAAGUGGGUACUGGGUUGCAAGUGUUUUAUAAUUUGGGUGAAUUAAAGUUUACUGUGGAGCAUCUGGUGAAUAAGUAUAAAGGUAUUGGAGUGAAGAGCGUCAGUUUAGCUUUGGAUAUGAAAGCUAUAUCUGCUGGUGGUGGCGGUGCUAGUGGCUUCGGGCCGGGAGGGGUUAGAGGGAGUGGAACCCCACAAAUUGGAGGUGGAGUGAAGGCUAGAGAAGGAUUGUGGCAGAGAAUGGGGGGUUGUAUGGAUCAAUUGCAUUCUGUAGUUGUUGCUGUUUGGCAUUUGCAGAGAGUCUUGUCUAAAAAGAGGGAUCCUUUUACGCAUGUCUUGCUGCUUGAUGAGGUUAUUAAGGAUGGUGAUCUCAUGUUAACUGAUCGAGUUUGGGAGGCACUUGUGAAGACUUUUGCAAGCCAAAUGAAGUCUGCUUUUACUGCAUCAAGUUUUGUAAAGGAGAUCUUUACUGUGGGGUAUCCGAAACUAUUCACAAUGAUAGAGAAUCUACUAGAAAGGAUAUCACGGGAUACAGAUGUCAAAGGGGUUUUACCAGCCAUCAGCUUGGAAGGAAAAGAUCAGAUGGUUAAAACUAUUGAAAUUUUCCAGACAGCUUUUCUGGCUCAGUGUUUAAGUCGCCUUUCAGAUCUUGUGAAUAAUGUUUUCCCGGUGUCAAGCCGUGGAGGUGUUCCAUCCAAAGAGCAAAUCUCUCGAAUAAUCUCACGUAUUCAGGAAGAGAUUGAAGCUGUUCAAUUGGAUGGCCGUUUGACUCUUCUUGUGUUACGUGAAAUUGGCAAGGUUUUGCUUCUGCUGGCAGAACGAGCAGAAUACCAGAUAUCUGCUGGUCAUGAGGCACGUCAAAUUACAGGUCCUGCAACUCCAGCACAGGUCAAGAACUUUGCUUUGUGUCAGCAUCUGCAAGAAGUUCAUACCCGCAUAUCGUCUAUGAUUAUGGGACUGCCCACUAUUGCUGCAGAUGUUUUAUCUCCAUCAUUGGGUGUAAUAUAUGGGGUUGCCCGUGAUUCAGUCACACCCUUGUUUAAAGCAACGAUUGACCGUCUUGAGUCGUGCAUCUUGCAAAUUCAUGAACAGAAUUUUGGUGUUCUUGGCAUGGAUGCUGCAAUGGACAACAAUGCUUCGCCUUACAUGGAGGAUUUGCAGAAGUGCCUUCUUCACUUUCGGACUGAGUUUUUGUCUAGGCUGUUGCCUACUUCAGCAAAUGCUACAGCUGCGGGGACAGAAACCAUAUGCACCCAACUAGUAAGAAGGAUGGCAUCAAGGGUUUUGACAUUCUUUAUAAGAAAUGCUUCUCUUGUAAGACCUCUUUCAGAAUCAGGGAAACUCAGAAUGGCUAGAGACAUGGCUGAGCUGGAGUUAACUGUGGGCCAAAAUUUGUUCCCUGUAGAGCAGCUUGGUCCACCAUACCGUGCCCUCCGAGCAUUCCGGCCUCUGAUAUUCCUAGAAACAUCUCAACUGGAGGCGUCUCCUCUUCUUCGAGAUCUGCCACCAAGUGUGAUACUUCACCAUGUUUACUCCCGAGGCCCUGAUGAGUUACAAUCGCCACUGCAAAGAAACAGACUUACGCAUCUACAGUAUUCAUUGUGGCUAGAUUCACAAGGUGAAGAUCAGAUCUGGAAAGGCAUCAAAGCAACACUAGAUGAUUAUGCUGCUAAAGUUAGAUCAAGAGGAGAUAAGGAAUUUAGCCCUGUAUACCCUCUUAUGCUUCGCAUAGGAUCUUCGCUGACAGAGAAUGCUCCUGCGUCCCAAAAGCCUUAAAUUUUUUCAGUAUUACCUUUUUGUAAGCCCUUAAUGUUGAAAGCAUCGCCUGAUAAUUUUCACCUGAUGAUAGAUGUAUAGGACAAACAUGAAGACACUUUCAUACAUAGUCGUGCUAAUUUCCCGGUAAAGGAAUAUGAUUCCCUUUCCGUUUCUGUUU